AGUGUAGCUGAGCCGAGCCGAGCCGAGUCGAGAGUGUAUGUAAGGCCAACACCAGUCGUGAAACCAGCUGUGGGAUCGGGGGGUUGCCGAUUGGAGCGCCUCCACACAGAAUUCGGAACGAAUUUGUAUGACUCCGAUUCGAGACAGCCAGUGUAUCGCAAGUGCUGCGUACACUUCGACGUAACGUGUUGCUCGAGAAUCGCGAGAUCUACUCGAGUGGUUCCCGUGUACAAUAAUUGAUCUUCUAUCGAUCGACGAUUAACGUUAAAGUGUAUUCGUGGCGGUGUCAAGUGCCGCGCAAGAAAUCAUGAUUUCUGCACGUUGAUAAACGAUCGUUCCAUUGCGCUCGAGUGUCCGGCACCGAAGGUGUACACGCGGCAGUUUUGUUUUUUCACUUUUCACUUUUCAACUCUCGAUCGGGAAACGAUGUAUUCCGACGGUCACGAAGUGGACGGUAGUUGGGUGUUGCGUGUCUACGUGACAGAUCUUCAAGUGGAGAGGAGCUUACGAGUAAAAGGAGAAUUGCACAUCGGCGGUGUCAUGCUACGACUGGUCGAGGAUCUCGACAUCGCCAUGGACUGGUCGGACCACGCGUUAUGGUGGCCCGACAGGAAUCAUUGGCUUACCAGAACGAGAAGCACGCUCGAUCAGUACGGCGUUGCCGCGGAUGCUGUUCUUCACUUCACGCCAAUGCACAAAACCCUGAGGGUACAGCUGCCGGAUAUGCGUUGCCUCGACUGCAAGGUCGACUUCUCCGUGAAAACGUUCAACGCCGUGAUCAAUCUCUGCAAAGAAUUAGGUAUCAGACACCCGGAGGAGCUGUCUUUCUGCAAGCCCCUCGAGCCGAAUCAUCUGAAAUACAAUCUGAAGGAUCUGCCGGCGAAGAAGAAGAUCGAGCACCAGAAAAACGGGCACUGGAACGUGCCGGCGGACACGAAUACCUUCAUUCCGGUGAGCCAGAGUCCCAGGGGAUCGACGGGUAGCCUGGACCAAAGCAGCCCUUUCAUGUGCGCUCCGGUCACACCCAACAACAGAAAUCACAGCACGCCGAUCAGCUCUCCAGUCUCGCAAACCGGUACCUGGAAGAGGAACAACAAUUCGUCUGGUUUUGGUAGCACCGGCUCUUUCAAUGCGAACAACAGUACAAUGAGUCUGGAGGCGUUGAACGGAGGACUGUCAGAGUCCUUGGCCCAAAGUCCGACCACGGUAUCACCGGAGGUACGGGCUAAAUUGAUAAGGCCGAAAAAUCUGGUCGAACGAGCCAGGAUGAACGUGGCCUGGCUCGAUUCCUCCCUGUCGAUCAUGGAACAAGGGAUCCGCGAAUUCGACACCCUACGAUUGAAGUUCAAGUUCUACUCGUUCUACGACCUGAAUCCGAAAACCGACGCCGUCAGGAUCAACAUGAUUUACGAGCAAGCCAAAUGGCAGCUGUUGGCUGAAGAGAUUGACUGCACCGAGGAGGAGAUGCUGAUGUUUGCCGCUCUUCAGGUGCAGGUGAAUCUUCAGGCUAGCGUGCCGCAGCCGAGUUACGACAGCAACGGCGCCUCCUCACCCGUCGAGGAUGACAUUGACGCAGCCUUGACGGAUCUCCAGGUGACCCUGGAAGGCAGCAACAUUAGCAACGGUCCAAGCGAUAUCACUCAGGUGCCGGAACUGUGCGACUACCUGCGCUUCUUGAAGCCGAAACGUUUCACCCUGAAGGCGUUCAAACGCUACUGGGUCACGUGCAGGGACCUUCACCUGAGGCUGUACAAGAGCCGGGAGGAGACGAACAGCAGCGAGUCACCUGCCUACGUGAUCAAUCUGCGUGGUUGCGAGGUCACGCCUGAUGUCCAUCUAUCGCAAGGCCGCUACGGGAUCAGACUCGAGGUGCCCAGUGCUGAGGGCAUGACCGAGAUGUGGAUCAGAUGCGACAACGAACAACAAUACGCCAAAUGGAUGGCAGCCUGCAGAUUAGCGGCCAAAGGACGUUCCCUUGCUGAUGCAUCGUACGAGAGCGAAGUAAACAGCAUCACAGCAUUCUUGCAAUUGCAGAGGCCUGCACCUGCACCAGCGAUCAGUCCAAAUUCUCUCGACAUCGUCCCGGAUGACUAUGUCGCCCCUAGAUUCGUGAAGAAGUUCAAAGGAAAGUUGGUUCAGAGGAUCCUGGAGGCACACACGAACGUCAAGGAUCUCCCGUUGGUCGAGGCUAAAUUGAGUUACAUAAAAGCUUGGCAAUCUUUGCCCGAGUACGGGAUUUCGUUAUUCGUGGUCAGAUUCACUGGAAAAAGUAAAGAUGAAUUGUUGGGCAUCGCUAAUAAUAGGCUGAUGCGAAUGGAACUUCACAGUGGUGAUCAUUUGAAAACUUGGAGAUACAACACGAUGAAGGCAUGGAACGUUAACUGGGAGGUGAAGCACAUGAUGGUUCAGUUCGAGGAAGAAAACAUUAUCUUCGAGUGUCAAUCAGCGGACUGUAAGGUCGUACACGAGUUCAUCGGAGGUUACAUAUUCCUGUCGAUGCGAUCGAAGGAGGCGAAUCAAACGUUGAACGAAGAGAUGUUCCAUAAACUUACAGGGGGAUGGGUUUAAGAAACCGUGAUGCAUCUAUGAGGAAAAAUAUAGAUGAAAAGUGUACUUUGCCUUGAUCUGAAAAAGCAGCACCACGCGUUGGUUGACAAUUUUGUAAAAAUACUUAAUUCUAUAGACGAACUUAUAUUGUAUUUUGUAAAUAGGAAAUUGUAUCGCCUGUAUACAACUGCCUGUCCAGCUCGUAAAGGGGUACGACUUUUUAUCUCACCUUAGGAAAUAACUCGUUCUUAGCGAAUUUAUCGUUCAUUCAACAUGCAAUCUUUCGAGGGUGAUUAAUCAUGAACCUGCGAAGACAAUAUGUGUAAAGCGAUACACGACUUGUACAUGAUGCAGAAGUGUUUUUAUCCGCUAAAGCCUUUAUAAUGGGAUACAAAUGUAAUUGUAUUUUGUAAUGGUGAGAAACACGCACAGCACAAUCGACCCAGGACAGAGCAAACCGCGCCCUUUUGUACACGCGAGGCCGUUGAUUAAGGUCAUGAACGAACGAAUAUUUUCACAGUGACAAGCAUGUUCUUUGAGCUAUCCUGUAGACUCAUCUUCACUGACAAUCUUUCUUUUUUUUUU